AUGCAAAUUAUAUUACGAGCUAUUAUACGACACGCACAAGUACUUACAAAUUUGCCUCGCAUAAGUGGAGAUAAUGGAAAAACGACUGGAAACUGGAAAAAUGCUUUACUUUUUGGUACAUGGAACGUUCGCACUCUUUUUAAGAUAGGAGCUGCACAGGGUGUAGUAUCUGAAAUUGAAAGAUAUAGACUUAAAGUGGUAGCUCUACAGGAAAUUAGAUGGAGUGAUUCAGGAUCAGUGGAUAUUCAAGACACGACAGUUUUCUAUGGGAAGUGUAACGACCAACGACAAUUUGGUACAGGUUUCACGGUACAUAAGAGUCUAAUACCAGCUAUAAAGGACUUCAGAGAUGUAAACCCCAGAAUAUCAAUCCUAACUCUGACGACACAGUGA